AUGUUGAUGGUCAAUAACACCACCUCAUCCUCCUCCAGCUUCUUCCUCACGGCUUUCCCUGGGCUGGAACUGGCUCACAUCUGGAUCUCCAUUCCCGUCUGUUGCCUCUACACCAUUGCCCUGGUGGGAAACAGCAUGAUCGUGCUGGUAGUUAUCGUUGAGCGCAGUCUUCACAAGCCCAUGUACUAUUUCCUCUCCAUGCUCUCGGCUGUUGACCUCUGCCUGACCAUCACGACCCUUCCCACGGUGCUGGGCGUUCUCUGGUUCCAUGCCAGGGAGAUCAGCAUCAAAGCGUGCCGAGUUCAGAUGUUCUUUGUGCAUGGCUUCUCCUUCCUGGAGUCAUCCGUGCUGGUCGCCAUGGCCUUUGACCGCUACAUGGCCAUCUGUAACCCCCUGAAGUAUGCCGUUGUCCUCACAGACAUGAUGAGCCUGGUGAUGGGACUCACCAUCCUGAUACGGCAGGUCAUUUUCAUGUUUCCUUGCGUUUUGGCCGUGAAUAUGGUGUCUUUCCAGGGAGGCCAAGAGCUCUCCCAUCCAUUUUGCUUCCACCCAGACCUGAUCAAAUUUACCUAUACCAAUCCCUGGAUCAGCAACUUUUGGGGAAUGUUUCUUCAGUUCUACCUGAAUGGCACUGACUUACUAUUCAUUCUCUUCUCCUAUGUCCUGAUCCUCCGGACGGUUCUGAGCCUCGUGGCCCCUAAGAAGCAACAGAAAGCCCUCAGCACCUGUGUCUGCCACAUCUGUGCCGUGACUGUCUUCUACGUGCCCAUGAUCAGCCUGUCUUUAGCCCACCGUCUGUUCAGCUCCACUCCCAGGGUGAUCUGCAGUGUGCUGGCCAACAUUUACCUGCUCUUACCUCCUGUACUGAACCCCAUCAUUUAUAGCUUGAAGACCAAGGUGAUCCGCAGGGCCAUCUUUCAGCUGUUCCAAUUCAAGGGUUCACGGAACUCUAGUAUGAGGAGUCUUAGAGGAAGGUGA